UUAGCCAGCUAUGCACCAAAAGAAAUAGACACACAAAACAACCAUGAUGAAGCCUACAAUGUUACUCACCCUCUCUGUCCUUCUCUUUGCCUUCACCACUUACAUAAUUCCAUCAGCCUUCUCACAAGUUCCUGACCUAGUGAAGGACACAAAUGGAAUCCCCCUUCGCUCUGAUGGCAGAUACUACAUCAGACCAGCUCUUCGUGGCCCGGGAGGUGGCGGAGUAAGUCCCGGAGAAACCGGGAACCAAACAUGCCCAGUUACUGUUCUACAACAUAAAUCUGAGGUUGAGAAUGGCAACGGAGUAAAAUUCGAACACUACCCCAACAUUGGUAUCAUCUAUGAAGGCGUGCCACUGACGAUUUCAUUUGGGGAUAUUUAUGGUUUCUGUGCCGAUUCGACCAAGUGGGUGGUGGUUUCUGAUGAUUUUCCAGGAAAAUGGGUGGGUAUUGGUGGUGCUGAAGAUCAUCCAGGAAAAGAAAUAGUGAGUGGUUUGUUUGACAUUCAAAAAUAUGAUGAUGUUGCAUACAAGCUUGUGUUCACUCCCGUCACCGGUGGCUCACCUGGUCUUUCUGUUGAUAUUGGAAGGCGUGAUGAUAAGAAUGGAAGGCGUCUCAUUCUGGCUGAAGAAGAUGAACGUACCUAUCGAGUUGUGUUUGCUCGUGUUGAUGAUGAUGGUGGUAUCAAUGGAAUUAAGUCUGUAGUUUAAUUUUAGUAAAAUAUCUCCAUAAACGCACACACUUAGAUGUUGUUCAAUAACUACUAGCAUGACCUAUACGGAUCAUACUUUUCCUAAUAUGCUGUGCAAAUAAUAAAAUGUUGUGUUCAAUGACGAGCUAUCCUUCAAAAUAAAAUGUGCUUUUCAUGUUA